CUUGGGAACAUGAUGCUGCUUCAGCUCUUUGAUGAAGGAUUUGGCAGCUCGUUGACCUGUAUACCGGGCCGGUAGCUUCAUGCGAGUGUUCAUUAUCCUCAGGACAUUGAGCGAUCCCGCUCGCUGGAGCUCCGCAAUAUGACAGGCCGGGAACAGCACGACGAUAUCGAUGCUGAAGCAGCGGAACCUCCACGCGAGCGACCGUGGCUUUUGCCAUAUAAUCGCAGGCUCCGGCAUCUCCAAGGCCUGACCAUCCGUAACCUCACCCUCGCUGCUCCUGGGACACGGUCGCGUACGCGGACUAUCGAUGAUGAUGGCGUACCCAGUAGCUUGAAGACCCCCACGAAAACGUUGGCGCUGCAAGAGGGUAGAGGUCUAACGCACUCCCGCUCGUCAAGCGACCUCCAGUCGAAAGGAGAUGUCCGCCGGCAUCACAAGGGCAAGUCGAAGGCGCCUGAGACUUUAGCAAAUCUCAACAGGCCAGCUGCAGGCAAGACUGUGCGCAGACGAAGCACUAUGGAGUGGUCCGGAGCGAGUCCAGAAACAAGACAGAGAAGGCUGGAAGACAUUACCGAAAGUCGGAUGGCGGAUACCUUCUUCUCGCUUCACGUCGAUCAUCUGGAGGAUCCGAUAUAUGUCUCGGAAGUGGUGGAGAAGGCUAUGAACCCAAACUUUCGUUUCUUCGACAUAGGUUCCUGCGGACCGGAUGUAACCAGACUCGACAAACUCACCGUCAAGGUCUGGGCGAGGAAUAAGAAUACCCAAGGUUGGCAGUACUUGAUCGAGUUUACCGUACAGCUACGCGCGCUUCAGUUUAUUGGGAGAACACUAGGUGGCUUCAAGCAUCCUCUGCCACAGAAUUGCAUCCUGUUCCACAUGACGGAUGGCAUUUAUACAAGCUUCACAGACCUGCCGGUUCAAGAAAGGUUACCGUCAGUUGCUCUUGCGCCCCCAAAGGCUCCAGCGGAUGGCCGUGUGCUCAAGACGUCCACCUAUGAUGCGCUGAUGCGGCUUUCUACAUUGGACGACUGCAUACAGGACGCCCUGGCCACCCGUGACCGGCUCGCCGAGGAGAUUGAAACUAUCUUGAACAAGAACCGGGAAGCCAUAAGCACUCUCGAGCAAGUCCCGGAAGCCCAGGACCGCCUGAAGACUGUCGAGGCGGCAGUAGCAGCUGAGAAGCGACGUGUUGAAGCCAUCCGGAGACGGAGGGAUGAUCUGAGAGCAAACAUUGAUUUUCGGAAAGAGAGGAUGGAGGCUGGCACCCAACUGGAGUGCCAGGUUGGUCGAGAUCUGGAUCAGGAACGGGAACUGCUCCAACAGACAAACUCCAGCAUAGAAAAGACGGAGGACGAUAUACAUGGCCAAAGGCGACGCAUAUGCGAAGAUCUACUGAAGAUUUUCCCCAUUGAGCCAGUAAUGGGAAAGCCGCUCCUAUUCACAAUUCGGAGCCUUCCUCUGCCGAACGGAGAUUUCGACGAUGCGGACGAAGAGAAGACAUCUGCUGCGCUCGGCUACGUUGCACAGGUUGUCUCUCUUUUGUCCGCCUAUUUAUCUGUCCUCCUUCCCUAUCCUGUAACAAUAUGCGGCUCAACUUCCACGAUUGACGAUCCCCUGGCCAUGACCACGGGGAAACAACCGCAUCCACCGACCUAUCCGCUCUUCAUGAAGGGCGUGGUGCGGUUCCGCUUCGAGUACGGAGUCUUUCUCCUCAACAAGAAUAUCGAGAUUCUGUCGAACGCAGUGGAAAUCCGGCCACUUGAUAUCCGCCACACGUUGCCGAACUUGAAGUACCUCCUUUACGUAGCUACAGCUGGGAAAGGGGAACUACCAGAACGCAAGGCUGGAGGCAUUCGAGGGCUCCUUCGCAGGGACGGUGUGCUCUCCAGAACAGGUAGCGUGGAUAGUACCGCUACGAGGAGCAGCGUCGGUGUGCCGGAAAUCAAGUUUAACUUGACCAGGAAUGCUGACAUUCACAGCAGCAACGGCACAGCGGAUCAUACUAAGCAAAAGGUUAUAACGAUACCCGGAAGUAGGUUGAGGGAAGUAAGUUAGAGCCUAGCGUUCUAUUGUCAUGUUGCAUGUCAUCAUUCUGGGAGAGAGGGAGGAGAG